UAGUAAUUUGCAUAUCAUGUUUCGCACUAUUUACAUUAUAUUGAGUUGUUAAUCUUUUUCCAAGAGUGAGUAGCUCUUUAUAGACACACAAAAUUUCGGCGGGUCGAACCCUAAACCUAAGUCUUGCUAACAGUUUGGAACAAAAGCAAAAAAAAAAAAAAGUUUGGAGCAAGGACCGUCUGAUCGUUGCAACUCUCUCGAUCCAGCCGUCGUCACUGGGGGAAGGUACCCAUCUUCAUUUGCUCGCCUCGCCGCCGCCACGCUCCUCCGUCCGCUCUCCGGCGCGGCGCAGCCGCCUCUGCCCGGCCACCUCGCUGCCCGCCGUACGUCCACCUCUCUCUCCUUCGCCUCCUAGCUGCCGUCUCCACCUUCCCUCUCUCUCGUUUCCCCCUUCCAGCGAGUGAACCACCAACCACGUAAGGGGGAGAGAGGGAGAUGGUGCUGCGGCGGGCGGCGGUGGAGUCUCCUAAGAAGGUGGCGGCUCUCGUCGACCUGGUUAACCUGCCGACGGCGCUGCGGGAGUUCGCGGGGGGCCGUUCCCAGAUGUCCCACCUCUCCUUCUUCCUUGGCGUCUGGUCACACAUCAAGAACAACAACCUCCAGGACCCGACCAACAGGAACAUUGUAAACUGUGAUGAGAAGCUGAAAACUGUGCUGUUGGGCAGGUCUAAGGUGGAGCUCUCCGAACUCCCAAUGCUUGUCAAGCUACAUUUCCCAAAAGUUUUCAAGUCGUAAGAAUAAUAAACUGUCUUUUACGAAAUUUCCAUGCAUGGUUGAUGUGUAGACAAUAUAUGAAUCUUCCUAACCCCUUCGGUACGUGUCUUUUUUUUUCUUUUCCAAUUUUUAGUAGCUUCAGCUUGUGUUCAGAUGAAGAAAAAACAUGUAGUACCACAUAGCUGCUUUCUGUCUUUCUCUUGGCAUAUUGUGUAUUGAACUUAAACUGAAUUUGGAAGGCGGCUAUUGAAUGCAGGCCUGAAAUUGUUGGUUAGGUAUUCC